UACGUGCGUCGGUGUGACGUCAUCACGCACAAGCAUCUGCGGCGGUUUGACAGCGUGAUAACCGGAGGAGUGAAAAACAGAGGAGAUGCUUUAAAAAACCAAAACGCUACAGUUUCAAACGCACAAGCUCAUUUGGAGACAUGGACAGUGGACACUAUGGUUAUGCCCGGGAGUACUUUGAUCGCUUUAUCCAGAGUCAGGACUCCUCAGUUGUGAAUAAAUUUCAGCAGAAAUACUGGAAGACCAAACAGACGCUGAUUAAAGUGACGGGAAAGAAAGAAGACGAGCAUGUGGUCGCCUCGGACGCAGACCUCGAUGCCAAACUGGAGGUUUUCCACUCGGUGCAGAGGACAUGCAUGGAGCUCCUCAAAGUGAUAGAACAGUACCAGAGGAGACUCUGUCUUCUGUCUCAGGAGGAGAACGAGUUGGGGCGCUUCCUGCGCUCUCAGGGCUCUCAGGACAAAAGCCGAGCGGGGAAGAUCAUGCAGGCGACAGGGAAAGCGCUCUGCUUCUCCUCUCAGCAGAGGCUGGCGUUGCGUGUCCCGCUCUGCCGCCUGUACCAGGAAGUGGAGACGUUCCGCUACAGAGCCAUCUCAGACACGUGGCUCACCGUGAACAGGAUGGAGCAGGCGAGGACCGAGUACCGUGGAGCUCUGCUGUGGAUGAAGGACGUCUCGCAGGAACUGGACCCCGACACACACAAACAGAUGGAGAAGUUCCGCAAGGUUCAGGCUCAGGUGCGUCUCACUAAGACCGGCUUUGACAAGCUGAAGAACGACGUUUGUCAGAAGGUGGAUUUACUGGGAGCCAGUCGAUGUAACCUGCUCUCUCACGUCCUCACUAACUACCAGACUACCCUGUUGCAUUUCUGGGAGAAAACGUCUCACACCAUGGCCGCCAUUCACGAGAGCUUUAAAGGCUGCCACCCGUACGAGCUCUCAGCGCAGAAGGAGAAUAAAGGAUCUGAUCUGGGAGCAAAGAAACGGACAAAGAAAAAAAACAAGAUGAAAACAGAGGAAGAGGGAUCGAGUCCUGCCGUAGAAGACACGCUGAUUUCAAUAGACGAUGAGGAUCUGAAUAAGGACACGAAUCAGUCAGGAGGCGGUGAGGAGCCACCGUGUGGCGUCAGAGCUCAGGAGAAGGACGGACUGAGCGUGCUCACUGACAUCCUCAGCUCCAGCUCAGUGGAGGACGGAGACUUCUCUCGAGAGUGGAGGGACGUGUUCGGAGAGGACGAGAGUGUGGAUGGAGGGGCAUCUGCGGUCACAGAUGCUCAGCUUGAGGACGAAGAGGAGGAGACGGCUUCAUUCUUCCUCCCAUCACAACUCCUCGACCAGAACAUCCACAACCUGCAGUCUGCAGUGUCGGGAUGGAUUAUGGGUAAUUCACAAAGCUCCUCAGGACCGAGUGAUCAAACUGCGGGAGCCAAUCAGAUCACAUCCAAACUGACAGCAAGAGACACCAGUGAAAGUGUGAAGGAUCGCUCUGCAUGGUUUAACCUGUUUGCUGAUUUGGAUCCUCUCACCAACCCUGACGCAGUCGGCAGAACAGACGAGGAGCACGAGCUCUUUACUGCAUAAGAGCAAAGUCCUUCUAGUAAAUUCUACCCACUCGGCGGCCAUCUUAGUGCAGCUCAUUUAAAUGUCAUCUACUUAAAAUGAGGAGAGACGCAUAUACCAAAAAUGGAUCAACUACAUGAUUGCCAUUUUUAACACCGAUUUAAAAUGAAAGUUAAAUACUCACAUGAAGUGGACUUCGGCUCAAAUAACACAAAAACGCCCACAUUUUGUCAGCUAGCUACAUUGCUACAUGUUGUUAGCUACCAAACAUUGAUUAAAUCUGGGAUUGAGUGGGAAUUUACCAGUUCUUAGUUCCCUAACAUUUCUUUACACUAUAAUAAGAAUAUUUCAUACAUUUCAUAGACCUUUUUUUUUUCGGAUACUGAAGGAGGUUUAAAAAAAUCACUAUCGUCUUGCUAUAACAGCUGCGUGAAUGAUCUAAUUAUUCCUUAUGCUUUCAGCUUAACAUUUGUGCAGUUAAGUAUGUUUUCUGAAGCACUUGAAGCACUCUAAGGACACGGUUAUUUUGAUGAUUGAUGAUUCUAAUAUAAAAAUCUCUGCUGGGUAAAAGUCUAAUGCUGAACCAAAAAUAAAAUGUUAUGUUACGUUACAAAAGUGACACAGAAUAGAGAAUUUGGUUACCAGAACCUGAAGGAACUUCUCAUAACACUUCGUAUGAAGGCCAUAUUUACAUUAUAAUAACCUGUGACAACAUUCAUAACUUUUCAUAGUGGAAUUAUAUACAUUAUUUCUGAAUAUAUUUAUCAUUAUUUAUUAAGAUGCAUUCACAGAGUACAUAAGUAGUGUUCAUAACACAUAUCUCGCAGUAUAACACAUCAUAACAGUGCCACAGAAUCUUCCAGUGUGUGUUCAUGCAAAAUGUUUUGUUUUAGAUGGAUUGCUUUUUCUAUUAUUAUUCCUCUCAUAUACUGUAAAUAAAUGUAACUUCAUAAAAAGCAUGAAUAUAUAUGAAAUAAAAGGUUGUUUAAAAUAUAAA